AUGGACGAGCAGUGCGUGCAGCUGGCGGAGCGCGAGAACGCGGCACGGGCGGGCGCGGAGGCGGCGACGGAGCAGGCGCGGGCGGACCUGGAGGCGCGCGUCGCGACUCUGCAGGCGCAGGCGGAUGGGCUUGCCGGGUCGCUCGGGGCGGCGCGGAGGGAGCGCAGGGAGCUCGCCGCGCGGCUGUGGCGCACGGAGCAGGAGCUCGAGGAGUCGAAGGCGAAGGUCGCGGACCAGACGGAGGCGCGCCGCACGGGCUCGCGGAAGGGCGAGGGCGCGAAGCGUGUCGUGCCGAUGGCACGCGAGUGCGUGCGCAACGUUAACGCGAUGGUGGAGCUGGAGGCGGUGCGGCGCACAGCGUCGAGCGCCCUCGAGGAGCAGCUCGAGGACACCCAGAAGGAGCUUGAGCACGCCGAGGAGCGCCUCGACGGCGUCGUGGACGGAGCGGCCCGCGAUUGCUGCCGACACUCUCGCGUCGUCGCAGGCCGCGGACCUCGUGGACCUCGCAGACGGCGCCGCGGCGCUCGACGUUGCUUGCGCCGAGCUCGCCGCGGCCCGCGCGGCCCAGUCCGGCCUCGACGCCCACGUGGCGGAGCUAGAGGCGGAGCGCAACUUGCCGCAAGGCGCACACGCUCGAGUCGCGGCUGGCCGGGGAGGCGCGCACGGCAGGCGUUGCUCGAGGAGCGCGACAUCGAGGAGCUCCGCGCGCGGUGCGAGCGCGAGGAGCGCGGCCGCUUCGAGCACGCGGGCUGCGCUGCGCAGCUGACGCGUGGAGGAGCUCGAGGAGGCGUGUAG